UCUCAUUGUGUCUCCGCUCACCUUUUGUCUUGGACCUAUCCGAAGGGCGGCCUGGAAUUUAGUUUGGGUUGUACAGUACUUUGGAUGUUAAACUCUGAUGGACUCUACCAAUACCAGGAGGGAAGGUCGGGAAGUGUUGACCUGUUAGGUAGUAGAAGGGAAAGACAUACUCGACCCAAGACAAACCAACAGAUUUAACGGAAAGAAGCUUAAGUGAUUGCUUAAGUGACUUAUGUCCGGGUUCCUUCGGCCCACCCCGUCAGUUGUGCAAUAAGAGGCCCCAAACAUGGUUUUCUUGCGUCAGUUGGUUGCAUCAUGUCUGAGUCAAAGGCUGAGUGCGGAUGCAAGGCGAAGCAAAGGUCCACAGCUCCAAAGUGCAUGCCUGCAAGGCAGACGCGUGCACAGCAAAACGGGCUUACUGGGCCUCUUCGGAAUCCCGAGCAGAAAUCUAACAAUGAAAUGCUGUUGCCCAGUUUUUCUUUUAAUUUGUACAGGGGGACGGGAAAUUCCAAGCCAAUGGGUGACCUGUCCUCUGUUGUGAGAAGCUGAUCUCACAGAUAAUAUUUGCAUUUUGAAUAUUUAGUGCAGUGGUCCUUGGGAGGGAGGGGCUAGACUGGAGGUCGGACGCAAUUAACAACGGUUUUCCCGAACAUCUCCCCAGCCCCCACCAUCUCGGUCCACCUUAUCGGGCUGGGUCCCUAGGCUUAGACAGCCAGGAUUUAGGGAUAGCAAACUGGAAAUGUACUCCCCCAUCCUUCUACGUGAUCUGCACCUUUAAACUUAGCCUCUUUUCAAAGCGGACCCCGGAGGGACCGCCCACAUCCGUCUAACAUCACUUCCUUCAGUGUUUGGGGGAAGAAAAAAAAAAGAAAUCUAGGAACCGAGGGGUUGGGCUGAGCAGCGAUUGGAGAGCGGAGCGGACCCUCUGCUGUGAAUCCCGAGUUCCCUCAGUCCAGUGGCCCUGUGUAACUACCACCGUGAAGAUGUCGCUUCGCUUCGGGGCCACCUGUUUGCUGUGCUUCAGUUUCCUGCUCCUCAUCACUUCUUCAGCCGGACACAUUGGACUUGGAAAGGGUUUUGGAGAUCAUAUUCACUGGAGGACUUUAGAAGAUGGGAAGAAAGAGGCAGCUGCAAGUGGCUUGCCCCUGAUGGUGAUCAUCCAUAAGUCUUGGUGUGGAGCUUGCAAAGCUUUAAAACCCAAAUUUGCAGAAUCUAAAGAAAUUUCAGAACUGUCCCAUAAUUUUGUUAUGGUAAAUCUGGAGGAUGAAGAGGAGCCCAAGGAUGAAGAUUUCAGCCCUGAUGGGGGUUAUAUUCCACGCAUCCUUUUCUUGGAUCCCAGUGGCAAGGUGCGUCCUGAAAUCAUCAAUGAGAGUGGAAACCCCAGCUACAAAUAUUUCUACAUCAAUGCUGAGCAAGUUGUUCAGGGGAUGAAAGAAGCUCAGGAGAGGCUGACAGGUGAUGCCUUCAGAGGGAAACACUUUCAAGAUGAGCUGUGACAUGAAGGCGUGUUCUGGAAGAAAAGCAUCAGGGAGGGAAUCCACCCAGAACAGUGACACCACCAGGAAACCAGGCUUCUACCUACUCUGGGAGGAGCUCUCACUGUGGAAGAGACAUGCUGACGAAGCUGGUCUGUGCAUCCAGCAGCAUGGCCGACUAUGUUCUGCUCAUCUCUCCUAAAUAUCCAUUCCUUUGAAUGUAAAGGAUGAAGCUAUCUGAUACAAAAACUUGAGCCACUUGGAGAUUUACUCCAUGUCAGUAUUUACGCCUUUACCCAUUUCUUCCUACUGUACCCAGGCUGAAGUGAACGGCGAUGGGAAGUAUCUUUUCUAUAGCGUUUUCUAAGAAGACAUUCUCUUUUUUCUCUUGGUGAUAAUCCUGGGCUUCUUCCUGAAUUCCUGUGCUGUUCCUUCUCUGCUCAGGCCUCCCUGCUCGCACGAAUGUGUGUCAAGAAUGGCCCAGUGCUGGGACUCAGCCUCAGCCGGAAGCAUGUUUUCCCCGUUGCUGUUAGAGAAACUCAAGCCUUCAAGCCCUGUGUGGAGCCAUUUUGUCAAUUCACCAACUGUAUUUUUGUACUGGAGUUAAAACAAAAACAAAAGAUAAGAUAUUAAUUAUUUCAUUAAGCUUUAAUAAAACUUUAAAUGGAAAGAUGC